AUGGACUUAAUGUACGGAAAACCCAUCAAACCAACAGAAAUCCAAGUAUAUUCGUUAAGAGAAUUUGCUAAGAUACUAGGGAAUGACGAAUUGCACAAGAAAUUUAAUGAUAAUUCCGGAUUAAAUACACAAAAUGUUGUUUCUCGCUUAGAAGAGAAGUAUGCGAAUGGCAUGGAUGCAUCCACAGAAAUAGAAUUUAUCGCAAAGAGCCUUACAUCUAUCCAACCAACAGCUUUCGCAAAAACUCCUGUAAUUUUAUUAGAAAGAAUCUUUUCUUCGCCAUUGAUAUUAGUCCAAGAUGAAGACACUUUAUUCAAAUACAUCAGGGAUAUAGUCGUUUCUCGAGAUCCUCAACCUGUUUCUUUAUUCUCUCAUAUUGUUUUUGAAAAUUUAAGCAUGGAUACAUUAAACGAAGCUCUUUCUCAUAUAAACCCGAAUACCCUUACAUCCCAACUCUGGGAAAGCCUCAAAGCUCGAAUAAACGGAAAUGUAACCAGAGAAUUAGAAAAAGGACCAAGAUACUUCAGAAACAUUACUGAAUGUAACUUCAACAAUGAAGAAUUAGAUGGUAUAUUUAGUAUGCUCUUCAAACGGAGCAAUUCCAACCCUGUUGAUGCCGGAUUUGUUGAUGUAAGUUCACAUGGCGAAGAAACACAGAACAAAUCAAAGUUUUUGUUCGAUCUGAAUGCUAAAACUCAAUGGAGUUUGAGUGAAAAGAAAGGAAAUUAUUUGUUACUGUAUUUCAAAGCAGCGAAAGUUCUUAUUAAUGGAUAUUCCAUUAAAAGCGGAUCUAGUUCUCAUUGGGAUAACGAACAGAGCUGGAUCAUUGAAGGAUCGAAUGAUAACAUAAAUUACACGAUUAUUGACGAAAAAGUCAAGAACAAAGACAUGGGAGGUAAUGAUCGUGUACAUCAGUGGCCAUGCCAAGCAGAUAAGGCUUAUCGAUACAUCAGAUGGAGAUUAACGAAAGAUGCGUCUGGACACCUUUCUUCUAAACAGUUUGAGUUGUUUGGACAAUAUAUUGUUUAUUUGGGAAAAGUUGAUGAUCAAUCGGUUGAAAAUGACGACGAAGACGAGAUUCCUCAGAAUUUCCCAUUUAGUAUCACUCCUGCAUCACGUAUUAACACUAAUGCAUAA